UCUACAGCACUGAAACAAGGCCACAUUACUCCAACAGAGCUCUGUCAAAAAUGUCUCUCCCUUAUCAAGAAGACCAAAUUUCUAAAUGCUUACAUUACUGUACCAGAAGAGGUGGCCUUAAAGCAAGCUGAAGAAUCGGAGAAAAGAUACAAGAAAGGUCACUCACUUGGGGAUUUAGAUGGAAUUCCCGUUGCAGUAAAAGACAGCUUUAGCACGUCCGGCAUUGAGACAACAUGUGCAUCAAACAUGCUGAAAGGUUAUGUACCACCUUACAAUGCUACAGUUGUUCAGAAAUUGUUGGAUAAGGGAGCUGUCCUGAUGGGAAAAACAAAUUUAGAUGAGUUUGCAAUGGGAUCUGGAAGCACAGAUGGUGUAUUUGGACCAGUUAAAAACCCCUGGAGUUACUCAAAACAAUAUAGAGGAAAGAGGAAGCAGAAGGCCCAUGGUGAGAAUGAGGAUUCAAAUUGGCUUAUAACUGGAGGAAGCUCAGGAGGGAGUGCGGCGGCGGUAGCCGCGUUCACAUGCUUUGUGGCUUUAGGAUCAGAUACAGGAGGAUCGACCAGAAAUCCAGCUGCCCACUGUGGGGUUGUUGGUUUCAAACCAAGCUAUGGCUUAGUUUCUCAUCAUGGCCUCAUUCCCCUGGUGAAUUCAAUGGAUGUGCCAGGAAUCUUAACCAGAUGUGCGAAUGAUGCAGCAAUUGUGUUAGGUAUGCUGGCUGGGCAUGACCCCAGAGAUUCUACCACAAUACAAGAUCCUGUUAAACCAUUUACACUUCCCACUUUGGCAGAUGUGAACAAACUAUGUAUAGGAAUUCCAAAGGAAUAUCUUGCACCAGAAUUAUCAAGUGAAGUGCGAUCUUUUUGGUCCAAAGCUGCUAAUCUCUUUGAGUCUGAGGGGGCCAAAGUAAUCGAAGUGUCCCUGCCUCACACCAGUUACUCAAUUAUCUGCUACCAUGUAUUGUGUACAUCGGAAGUGGCAUCAAAUAUGGCAAGAUUUGAUGGGCUAGAAUAUGGUCACAGAUGUGACAUCAACGUAUCUACUGAAGCCAUGUAUGCUGCAACCAGGCGGGAAGUGUUUAAUGAUGUGGUGAGAGGAAGAAUU